AUGCCGUCCCGGUCUGAACGUCAUCCGCCUAUCCCCCCGAUCUCAACUGCUGGCAACGCUGUCAUCCCUGAACUACACCCUUCUCAAACCCCUGGACUGGAAAUCAGCCCACGCCGCAUAGCUCGGCCUCGUGAUGCUUCGGUCAUGCCCCCGUUAAACGGCAGUUCGCCUAAGAAUUCGUACCACCGAGGACAUUCACGCUCAAUCAGCAAUCCGUUCGCUGGUUUUGGGCGAAAGCGGGACAAGGCAGCCCCCAAGCAUGCGACUUGGGACUCUGACGAUGAUGAUGACGAUGAGGUAACCUAUCCAUUAGAGCCCGAGUCGUCAAGUCCUCGGAAAGGUGCAGCAGCUGGAAAUGAUAUUGUCGAGGGCAAGUGCCAGACUUGUGAUGCUACUGUCCGGUGGCCUCGACACUUGAAGGUGUUUAGGUGCACCGACUGCUUGAUGGUCACAGACCUCGAGCCGAUGUCUCAUGAGUCGAAAGACAACCCCUCGCAAGCGUCUCAGGGUGGAGCGUCCAAGUUGGCAAGUAAAGUGUUUCCUUUGACGGCCAAUCAAACCCGUGGUAUGAUCGGAGGGUGUCUCAAUAUGUAUUUCGAUAGUCUUUUGGACAAUGGGUCCCGGUCAUGGUCGCCGCCGGACGACGACAUAAAAAACAAACCGCUACCUGAUCUUCCGCCAAUGCAGGCUCAUGUAUCUCGUCCAAACAACCUUGCACCUCCUCGCACUGGAGAUUCUCGGGGCCGCAGUGCUUCCCAUUCCAGCGAACGGGAAAGGUUGGCGGCGUCAAAGGAGAACUCAGGUUACUUGACGCCACAAUCCGUUCGCUGGGAGGGAAAUGACACACCCGUCAGAAUCCGAGCAAAUUCAGAUCUCCGAUCAACUCCAAAGCCAGAAUGCCACCCGCAAGAUGUCUCACGAGCUGGGAACCCGGAGUUUAAAAGCUCGGACAAUCGGACACACAUUUUCAAACGGCUGGAAAAUACGAUCGCCACUGCCUUCAAAGGUUGUGAUUGCCUCAACGAAUCUUUCACCACGUACCCACCUCCUCGAUCAACUCGAUCAGCGAGUAAUGGUAAUCCGUCGAGAAUGAGGAUGGAGCCGACCACAAUGCCCGAACCAGCGCAUGACGCUCCUGUCUUUGAACCGGAUGCCAAAACUCUUCUUUUGGGGGAUUUGACCGAGAACUCCGCUUGGUGGAUGAAUGAGUGGGCUGAAGCUGAAGGCCAAAAUCCCGCGUAUUCAAAAGAGAAGACUGCCCCAAAGUCUCGAAUGAUAUCAUCGCGAAGUCCUCGGAUCAACUGGACUGAGUUAGCUCAGUGGUAUCAUUCAAUUCUGUCUGCGGGGAAUUCUUGGACUGAGCUCUGGGCUGCAAAAAGACCUGACCCCACACGAUCAGAAGCUGAUUCGAUCCGAGCCAAGAGAUGGGCGUCUAUUGAUCCAUCCUUGAUUGGGAGACAAAUCAGCGAGUCCCGUUUGCACUUACAACGGGCACUGUUGAAAGCUACCGAGGCCGCCCUCAAGCGCCCGCGCCGUGUUCUAAAGAAACCAGAAGAUACUAGGUUCUUGUUCAUUCUGUUAGCGAAUCCUCUCUUGUAUUCACCUGCGGCUUAUUGCCAUCAGGCGCCCACCUUGCCGCCUCAUGGAGACGAUAGGCGCCCAUCGAAUCCAAAAGACUACCCGAAGUCGACAAACGGAAAACCCUUGCAGAAAGAGUCGCCCAAAGCCCCUGCUCGUCCAGAGGGCUCCAGUCAUCACUAUGGGAUUAUCAAAAGAAUCCUCGGACUCAUGUCUAAUUUGCCUAAUGACUGCCACCACUACAUCGUGUCUUGGGCUUCCCGUUUCUCGUCGUCAGCAUGGGCGAAAGCGCCCCCAAACCCCCAAAACUCUCAAAAUGGAGACGAUCUAAUACCGAGCUUCGCCAGUGCUUCGGGAAAUACUGCUGCAGAACUUCACGCCGCGAUUAAUCGAAGUACCACGAACAAGAAGCCUGGCAAAAAAACAGAAGACCCCAUAAUAUACGCCGAGGACUGGCAGGUCAGAGCGGCGGCAAGAGUACUGUCGUUGUUCUUUACGGCUAACACCUCCUCUUCAACGAGGAAGUCUGAUGGAACCCCGCGCAGUCUUGAAAUGCCCAAGAACCCCGGACCUCGCCAAGGACAUAUGAUUCCGAUCAGCACAUUUUACAAUACACUGCUGGACUAUUCGGAUUUAGUGACGGACUUCGAGACCUGGGAAGCUAAAGUUGCGAAGUUUUCGUUCUGUCAGUAUCCGUUCCUCCUUAGCAUCUGGGCCAAAAUCCACAUCAUGGAGCAUGAUGCGCGUCGUCAAAUGGAAGUGAAAGCACGCGAUGCAUUUUUCAACAGUGUCCUCAAUCACACGGCGGUUAGUCAGUAUCUCGUGUUGAAGGUACGACGCGAGUGUUUGAUUGAAGACAGCCUCAAGGGAGUGAGUGAAGUCGUUGGCACUGGCCAAGAAGAAAUCAAAAAGGGUCUCCGGAUCGAAUUUUUGGGCGAAGAAGGCAUUGACGCUGGUGGCCUGCGGAAGGAAUGGUUCCUUCUGCUCGUCCGAGAGGUCUUUGACCCGCUUCAUGGCCUCUUCAUCUACGAUGAUGAUUCGCAGUACUGCUACUUUAAUCCGUAUUGCUUUGAGUCAUCCGAACAAUUUUUCUUGGUUGGAGUUCUUCUAGGCCUCGCCAUUUACAACUCCACCAUCCUUGAUGUUGAUCUCCCGCCGUUUGCGUUCAAGAAAUUGCUGUCAUCAGCGCCGCACGCCAACGGUCCCCAAACGGCUACCUCCAUGCGUUCGACCUUCAAAUGCACCCUAGAAGACCUUGCCGAGUACCGGCCAACUCUCGCCAAAGGACUCCGGGGUCUACUAGAAUUUGAAGGCGAUGUCGCCGAGACAUUCUGCUAUGAUUUCGUUGCCCAGGUCGAUCGCUACGGCGAGAUCAUCAGCGUGCCACUCUGUGCAAAUGGCGAGAAGCGGCCGGUGACCAACUCCAACAAGCGGGAGUUUGUGGAUUUGUAUGUCCAAUAUCUGCUAGACGCAGCCGUGGCCCGACAAUUCGAACCUUUCAAACGCGGUUUCUUCACGGUUUGCGGUGGCAAUGCACUAUCACUGUUCCGACCAGAAGAGAUCGAAAUGCUAGUCCGCGGCUCAGAUGAACCACUCGAUGUUAGUUCACUCCGGGCUGUUGCCACCUACGACAACUGGUCACACCCACGACCAGAGUCGCUCCCCGUGGUGCGAUGGUUCUGGGACUUCUUUGAGAAAUCGCAGCCUCAAGAUCAGCGCAAGAUCCUGUCAUUCAUUACUGGCAGCGAUCGAAUCCCUGCCAUGGGGGCUACCAGCCUUAUUAUCCGACUUGCUUGUCUUGGGGAUGACUGUCCCCGUUACCCGAUUGCGCGUACAUGUUUCAACACGCUUGGCCUUUACCGCUAUCCCACGCGGGAGAAGUUCCAGCGGCUGCUCUGGGAUGCAGUUGUAAAUAGCGAAGGAUUUGGCUUGAAAUGA